ACACCAAGCUUCGUUUUACCCUCGACUCGCUCACCAGCCAUCCACAAGCUGCGUCGACCUCAUCAGGCCCUUCGCACGCGGCUCGAAUCUUUCUUGCCAUCCCCCAUCACUUCAACAACCCCUCGCAAGUGCUUUCGAUCCCGCCCCCAGAUUCGUGGCCUGUCUUGCGCCCUUCUUGCACACACACCAGCUUGUUAUUCCUAACGACGCGGGUGAGAAGCCCUUCGAGCGCGAGGAGGAGACUCGUGACAACGAGGAAGGACUUACAGGGGGCCUGAGGGGUCGAGGAAUCUGGUGCGUUUUUAGUGCUCUAGAUUACACCUGUGUGUAUCGUGCUCCGAGUCUAUACAAACAAUAUCAUCUACCCUUCUUGCGUCACUCAGGCCAAUGGCCCCCACCUUGAAAUCGUGCAACCAUUGUCACAAGGAGGGCUUGCAGGGUCGGAAAGGCCUGUUAAAACAUUAUGUCGUCUGCCCCGCAACCAGCCAACGACAAGCCCUUGCUAUGCAGACCUAUCAAGCAGGAAUAUCAGUCUCAGGGUCUUCCGACGGUCAGUCGCAGGAUGCAGCUGUUCCAGACUUCGAAAUGGGUGAACCCGAGCCCUUAGUGCCACAGCAUCCACAAGUUCCCGAGCUACCUACGCGUCGUACUCGAGCCGGACGCAUCGUUCGCCCCACGCUGAAAGUAAGGCAAGCAUACGCACCCCCUGCAUUACCACCACGGUUGCCUUCACCUCAACCGGCUACGGACGAAGACCCUCCGCUUGUUAGGCAGUGGAUCAAGACAAUGCCCAAUGCGGACGGCCGGUACAAGAUCUUCCCCAAUCGACCUACCCACGAUCCCGACGCAUCCAUCACUCUUGCGGAUAUUGACCACCGUGCUCGCACAAACGGUCGAUCUGUGCAGGGCCCAGCUGCUCUACCACCGUGGUUCCCCUUCCGUGACAAGCAUGUCGCCAAGUUCAUGGAAUGGCAUCACCUCGGAUCUGGAAACCACUCUAAUAUGUCGACAAAUACUCUCGCUGCAAUCAUAGGCAGUGCCGGCUUCGAUCCCACUUCUUUCAUCAACUUCGAUGUCUCCCGAGAGAACAGGCGCCUCGAUGGGAUGGUCAAGCUUAUGCUUGGGGAAUCUGAGGUGGAUACAGCUGCAUGGCGCUCAGCCGCAGUCAAGAUUUCCCUGCCAGCAACGAAGAUACGCCGACCUGAAAAGGAUGCUCCGGUUUUCGAGGUUCAAAAUGUCAAGUAUCGUUCGUUUAUUGAUGUCACCAAAGAAUUCUUCCAAGGACCGGACUUCGUUGAUGCGCAUCUUACGCCAUACAUACAUUGCCAAGAUCCUAAUGUCGAUCCCUCGCCCCUGCAACCAAACUUCGAUCCACUCGAUGUACCACUCGAUGUAGCCGGUUUCCCGAGUAUCCCACAAGGGCAUUUUGCGGUGUAUCAAGAGGUCUACGAGUCGCGGAAGAUGCUUUCUGAGCACAUCGCAGUGAGGAGGGAUCCGACACAGCCCAAUAUCGAAACUGUAAUCGCAGCACUCAUGCUGUAUUCCGACGCAACCCACCUCGCGAAUUUUGGAUCAGCUUCUCUCUGGCCGGCGUAUCUACAGUUUGGCAACCUAUCCAAGUACAAACGCGCAAGUCCGAGUCUAGGAACGAUGCACCAUUUGAUCUACUUCCCAACGAACGCUUUUUCCGUUCUUGCGGAACAUUCGUUUAGCGUGUUUCAAAUUCUUGCGCCUGAUCUUAUGCACGAAGUGGAGCUCGGUACCUGGAAAGCUCUGUUCACUCAUUUACUGCGAAUCUUGGAGGCUCUUGAUUCUACGCAGGUGGCUGAAUUAGACGCUAGAUUUCGUCAAAUCUCAAGCUUCGGUUGUGGAACCAUCCGCAAAUUCCACAAUAAUGUCUCAGAAAUGAAAAAGCUCGCUGCACGCGACUUCGAAGAUAUUCUCCAGUGCAUCCUGUCUGUACUAGAGGGCCUAUUUACAGACCCGGAUGCUGCUCCUGGCAGUCCAAAUCACGAGAAAAUAGUUCUUGAUCUUGUAUACAUCUUCCAAAUGUGGCACGCUCUCGCCAAAUCACGAUUCCAUCACGAACUCUCGAACAGUUUCUUUCACGAAGUCACCCGAGAGCUUGGCAAGGCUUCCCGUUACUUUCGAGACAUCACUUGUGAAGCUUAUAGGACACGAACCUUUGAGCUCGCUGCUGAGCAUGCGAUGGGUGACUAUCCUGAAUGGAUAAAGACGAUGGGAACUAGUGAUUCUUAUUCAACACAAACAGGAGAGCUUCAUCACAAGAAGGCAAAAGGAAUGUACGGGAAGACCAACAAACGCGAUUUUGAGAGGCAGCUUGCCGGCAAAGACCAUCAGCACCGAGCACUGCAACUCGUGAUCAAGAACAUCCGACUGGCCGAGGCCCAAAUUGUGGCAGCGCCAAUGAACACGGCAGAAAUCGAGUCGGAGGAUGAUGAUGAUUCGAAUAUGGAUCGGUACACAAUGGCACGUCAAGGACGAUCGCUUGACCUGAGAGCAUGGUCACAAGAUCAUCGUGGUGAUCCAGCAACUGCGAAUUUUAUCCGUCUCCUGAGAGUCCAUUUGCUCGCUCGUUUGUACGGCUACGACUAUAACGGUGACGAGCACCAGUUCCGGGACGAUGAACUUGCAUCUGUCCUUUUCAAGGGGGAGAAGAUGUACGAACAUGAACGCCUUCGAGUGAACUUCAAAACAUAUGAUAAUCAGGUCGAUGAGGACAUUAUCAGUACCAGACAUCAUCCCGAUUUCAUGGUGUACUCCCAGGAAGAUGACGAAGAUGAUGACCACCCUUUCUGGUAUGGUCGUGCUUUGGGCAUCUACCACAUUCUCGUCUAUCACACUGGGUCAGAAUCGAAGUUGAGUGGCCCUAAACGCAUGGACUUCCUCCAUGUUCGCUGGUUUGGACGAGAAGGAGAUCAUCUCAGCGGCUGGAAGCAUCGUCGCCUCCCCAAGAUUGGAUUUCUCGAGCCAAAUGAUGGCGCCGGCCCAUCAGCGUUUGGCUUCAUUGAUCCUGCUGUCAUCCUUCGCGCUGUCCAUCUCAUCCCCGCAUUUUCUCUGGGAAAAACCGAUCGGUACCUCACAAAAUCAAUUGCACACAUUUUCGAAGGAGAUGAAAACAAAGAUUGGGUUUGCUAUUAUGUGAAUAUUUUCGUGGACCGGGACAUGGCAUGGCGCUUUCUCCCAUUUGGUCAUGGUCGCCUAAAGCGGUCAUCCCAGCUACCAUCAAUCGAGCCAACUGAAGAUUACAAUCACGCUCCAGACAAUGACGCUCCGGAAACCGUUCCUGAGUCUUACACAUUGGAUGAUCUACCAGACUCCGGUUCUGAUGACGACAUGCAAGGCAGAGAUGAUGGAUCAGAGAAUGAUGAUAUCGGGUCGGAAGGUUCAGACUCACAGGAUGAAGUAGAGAGUGAUUUGGAAGAUCUUGACACACCUGUAUAUGUCAUCAGACUGCUGACGACUGCUGACGUGCAGCCUUCACAUUCCUUCGUCUUUCUUCCUCCUCUCAUGGCCCAGGCACUCAUCUUUGGCGACCUCUUUGCAGAGCUUGAUACAGUUGUUGGUUCUGCUCCCUCUGGAAAGCGCGGAAAAUCCAAGAGGUUCUCAAUCGCCAUGCAGUCCGGAAGGACCCAGCUGGCGCUACUGGCCAAACUUUCUCUACGGACCUUCGACUUCACAAAAGACAUUGGUCAGGUCCUCUCUGUCGGCGCAGAGGACCAGUGGGGAAUGGCUUUCCAUGGUGGUGCACCCGACUGGACGCAGGCCGGAUCUGCUUUGGGAACAGAGACAGCCGAAGCGCAGUCCAAGAGCCUGCGUGAAGCGGACACCCAUCACUUGAAGCCGAAACUGUGGAUCCUCUUCGACGACCCGAACCAUAUCUUCGACCCGCCGCUGGAUCUCAAGCUGAAAUCUGCACGUGGUGUGCACCACAGUAUGCUUCUACCGCUGUUCAUAGGCGCUGAGAUGAGUUUGCGGGCCUCCGGAGCUUGGGUGCCACCUGAGGACCCGUUCGAUUCACCAUUGUACGCAGCUCUGCCUCCCGAUGAGCGUCGAUACAGAAUCGGGUUGGACUUGCUUACAAACGAAGAAGUCGUUUACCAACUCAUCAACGGCGAGAUCGAUGUCGACGAGACUAUGCUUCCAUUGCAUCUCUACAAGGACUACAAGUACGACCGUGAGGAUGUCUGGGAUGGACUGUGCCGGUCCACUGCACUGCUUCGCGUGAUCCGAUCUCUGCUUCUUGGUGACGAGCACACAGAUCGUGUUCCUAGCAAGACACCACAAAAUUGCUCGGCCGCAACUCUUGGUAUCAAGCAUGUCACUCCGGGAUUGGUUGUGUAUGCAUGUGUGCAGCUUCGGGUCAUGAUGUCGUGCUCUGCCUGGGACAAUAAUCUCGAAGACGGAUGCUUCGACUACGAUGCCUACGCUUCAAUGCUUCGUGGCGCGUUCUAUCUUCCAACAAGUGAAGGCUACACCACCAAUGAAGCAGAGUUGUCGCAGUGGGGAUCAGACACGCUGGCAUUCAUACAAUCACAUGUCUUUGGCGGAGCUCUCCCCACACGGCACUCUGAUGCCAACCGGCGGCAUCAACAUUGCAAGUUCAAUGCGCUUGCGGUCAUGCGCGCACGGGCCCACCCUCACUAGACCAUCUCCUCGCUCACUCAAUACUGAUUCGAUCCCUUCUCUGAUACUUAUACCCUGCAAGCUCGUCUCACUGUCUCCCUCGAUCUAUCGAUCUGCUGCUCUACUGUGUCCUCUGUGCUUCCGGUCUAAUCGCUUCAAGUCCUGGCCUUCAAGUUGCUGUCUCUCCCGAUGUAUCAUCUAACCUCAAAUUCCGGCUGAUGUUGUGUUCUUGUCGUCUCGAGUACUGUGCUCAAUAGUAUAUUGUACUGAUUAUUAAUGUAUCGAUUCCGAAUUGUGAGGCGCAUACCGUGAUCAGCUUAUGGUAAACUGAAAGUAACUGGAUCAUUGAAAACGCUUACAAUCUGGUCUUGGCAUAAGCUGCGUCGACGGCGUAUUCAAG